GUUGCAUACAUUCGGCAAUCAACACUUGCGUGUGUAUCCCUAGAUGUAAUGACUAUAUAGGUAGGUACGUAGAUAACGCUACCACCGUGACGUGACAUCCUUGUAACAGUUCAAUGGUGUCAAGAAUGAGACCAAGGAUAUGAAUGAUGUUUUCAAGGAUGUGUGCCAUGUAUUCAAGGAACUCACCGGCUCAAGGAAUCGUGUCCAAGGAAUCCAUUUCUGGAUUAUGUCUGCAGCACCGUCGGCAGUCUCACAAACUCCAGCCUCGCCGACAAUACAACCAGCAACAUCUGUGCGACGCAGGCAAGACUGUACUGCAAAGGAAAGCCACGCAUGAUGACAGCUGAAACUGGAAGCUUGCGUCAUUUCACAACGGGGCCUUGAUACAGAUGGUAUUCAACAAUAGGACCGUGUAGACCAAGGCAUUCAGCAGAGAGACUUAUAACACAGGCAACCCCCUAAAGUGAGGUAUUGUAAAAGGCAUUCGAUGACAGCACUUUGACCCAGGCGGUAUUACACAAACUGGGCUUCUACCAGAUGGCAUUCUAUAAUAGUCAAGUGAAAUGUGAGUUUCAAACCUAGGGCAUUGAAAUGCGACAUUGAACGCAAGAACAUUGUUAAAUAGGUCAUAUAACGCGAGAGCAUUGUGAAAUAUGGAGUUCAACAAUAGAGCCUUGUAAAAUUUGACUUUGAAACCCAGAGCCCCGUGUAAUGGAACAUUCAAGGCUAGAGCCCCGUUUAAUGGAACAUUCAACAAUAACCUUGUGAAAUGUGACAUUGAAACCCAGAGCCUUGUCAAACGUGGCAUUCUACACUAGGACCUUGUGACGGGCGCCAUUCAACACCGGGACCUUGUGAUAGGGUCAUGUAACGGAAGACAUUCAACGCCAGGACCUUGUGAUAGGGUCAUGUAACGGAAGACAUUCAACGCCAGGACCUUGUGAUAGGUUCAUGUAACGGAAGACAUUCAAAGCCAGGGCCUUGCGACGGGCGCCAUUCAACACCAGGACCUUGUGAUAGGGUCAUGUAACGGAAGACAUUCAACACUAUGACCUUGUGACGGGCGCCAUUCAACACCAGGACCUUGUGAUAGGGUCAUGUAACGUAAGACAUUCAACACUAGAAGCUUGUGACGGGCGCCAUUCAAUACCAGGACCUUGUGAUAGGGUCAUGUAACGGAAGACAUUCAACACUAGGACCUUGUGACGGGCGCCAUUCAACACUAGGACCUUGUGACGGGCGACUUUCAACACCAGGACCUUGUGAUAGGGUCAUGUAACGGAAGACAUUCAACACUAUGACCUUGUGACGGGCGACUUUCAAAACUAGGUCCUUGUGGCGGGCGACACUAAGACCUUGUGAUAAGAUUCUGCACCAGGUGACAUUCAACACAUUGGCAAAGUAACUGUUUUGAGGGACAGCGCCUCCCACAUCCAGUCUCAGUACAAGGGGAUCCAGGCAACUGUUGGCAACUUGGCCCGCAGGGAGGUGACAGACCGGGGAUUACAGAACAUCCAGUGCUAUCACGCAUCCUGGUGGCUGCCUCUUUACGUGUCUACACCUACACGGAUGUGAUCUGACGAUGGCGCAGGACGGAUGUUAAUCCGUCUUCGUGAAAGGUGCAUCACAGUCAGACAAAUAAGGUAGCAUGUCCUGACAACGGUGGAUUGAAAAAUGAUGAACAUAUCAGAGGAUGAGACGGGUAACCACUAGGGACACUCCCUUGAGGAUAUGCCUGGAAGCGUUAUCUCUCGAACCAAUGCAUCCAACAUGAAACGGAAAGGGGAUUCAGACCUCCAUUCCCAGGAUGGUAAUUCUUCAGCAGGUGCUCGUGGUGCGACUCCUGGAAACUUACAAGGACAGUCUGACAACACGGAGGGGAAUUCCUCUGGGGUACAUGCAACUUGUGUUUCAAGCACCCGGGCCCCUGACUUCGUGGCCCCGGAUGGGGGUUGGGGCUGGGUGGUGUGUGCCACGUGUUUCUGGGUGAACGGCAGCGUCAUGGGUACCGUCAACACCUUCGGCAUCCUCUACAACCACAUGAGGGAGCUGAAUGCCCCCGGGGAUGAGGGCGUGUCUCUCAAGACUUCUUUCAUCGGUUCGUGCAUGAACGGCGUCAUGUUUCUCAUGUGCUGCGUGUCGGGCAUACUAUGUGACGUCAUCGGAUUACGUCACACGGCUCUGAUUGGCGGUGUUCUGUGCGUGGCGGGGUUUCUCUCCAGCGCCUUCGUGACGAAGUUGGAACUACUCUACCUCACCUACGGGGUCAUCCUCGGCAGCGGCUUCGGCCUGGUCUUCUCCCCGAUGGUGGCAAUAACAGGCCAUUAUUUCAAAAACAACCUUGGCCUUGUGAACGGUAUAGUCACCUUUGGCGCGUCCGCCUUCACCGUGGCCAUGUCCUUCGCCCUGCCCUACAUCCUGGGCUACUUCGGACUCAAGGUGACCUUGAUAUGCUAUGCCGGCCUUGGAGUGACCUUGACCUUUUGUACACUUGCGUGGAAACCUCUGAUCACGCGAGAAUAUUCAAGUCACGGCAGUACUCGUGGAAACACAAGUCACGUGAAGAGGUGUUUUAGCUUCAUGUCUUGGAAGGUCUUGAACGGACGUGUUUGGAAGAACAGACAGUUCGUCACGUGGUGCGUUGUUUUGUCCGUGAGUCGGUUUGGUUACCUGGAGCCGUACUUCCACAUGGUCAACCAUGUGGCCCACAUUCUACCGGGUACCCAUGCCAGUAUUCUCAUAACUGUCAUGGCCGCCGUGUCGGGGGUGUGCAAACUCGCGGUGGGGAAGUUAUCGGACUUGUUAAGGCAAUACAGGAUAUAUCUCCAGCAGGGGGCGUUAUUUGUCUAUGGCGUCAUCGUCAUCUGCAUUCCAUUCAGCCACACGUUCCCAGGGUUCAUUGUAAUCGCCGUGGGUCUUGGAAUUGCGGACGCUGUCAUAAUGGUGUUGUUUGGACCAAACGCCAUUGAGCUGGUCGGGGCCGGAAAUGCGUCACAGGCUAUUGGAUUUUCCUCCCUCCUCUCUAUACCGACAUUCCUGUCAGCACCCGUUAUUACAGGCGCCAUGCACGACCAGCUCAACUCCUACAACCCCGGCUUCUAUAUGACAGGGGCUAUAACUCUGGUGGCCUCGGUCUUCAUGUUCCUGGUGAAGAGUCCAUUUCAAAGGCAACUUAGAGUGUACAAGAUCUCUCCAACAAAGCCUCCCACUAGUCAGCCAACCAGCCUUGGUCCGACGUUACGUGACGAGGAUGCUGGUCACGUCAAUGGCGGCGGCGUAAACGAGGGCUUCACCGGAGAAGGUGUGUGUGGCUCAGACAGUGUUCAAACUAGGUUGUAACUUGCAACUUUAAUUGGUGUUACCCCAAGCCAAGCUAACUUCAAUACUGCGAACACACAGAGAAAACCUUCAUUCACACGUUCACCGGACAAACAUCCUUCAAGGCACGAAGUUCUUGCCUCGGACGAAAGCGACGGUAAUGAACAUAAUUCCCAUGAGUUCUGGCAGUUGAUUGAUUUUGGAUUCUGGAUCCUUGACUCUGACAACACUAAAGAGAACUUCAUAAUUUGUGUCACCUGGACCCUGACAACAGAUGGUUGCGUGCGUGUAGAGAGAGCUUCACAACUUGUGUGACCUGCACCCUGACAACAGAUGGUUGUGUGUAGAGAGAGCUUCACAACUUGUGUGAUCUGGACCCUGACAACAGACGGUUGUGUGUAGAGAGAGCUUCACAACUUGUGUCACCUGGACCCUGACAACAGAUGGUUGUGUGUAGAGAGAGUUUCACAACGUGUGUGACCUGGACCCUGACAACAGAUGGAUGUGUGUAGAGAGAGCUUCAUAACUUGUGUCACCUGGACCCUGACAACAGAUGGAUGUGUGUAGAGAGAGCUUCAUAACUUGUGUCACCUGGACCCUGAGAACAGAUGGUUGUGUGUAGAGAGAGCUUCACAACUUGUGUGUCCUGGACCCUGACAACAGACGGAUGUGUGUAGAGAGAGCUUCACAACUUGUGUGACCUGGACCCUGACAACAGAUGGUUGUGUGUAGAGAGAGCUUCACAACUUGUGUGACCUGGACCCUGACAACAGAUGGUUGUGUGUAGAGAGAGCUUCACAACUUGUGUCACCUGGAUCCUGACAACAGAUGGUUGUGUGUAGAGAGAGCUUCACAACUUGUGUGACCUGGACCCUGACAACAGAUGGUUGUGUGUAGAGAGAGCUUCACAGCUUGUGUCACCUGGACCCUGACAACAGAUGGUUGUGUGUAGAGAGAGCUUCACAACUUGUGUCACCUGGACCCUGACAACAGAUGGUUGUGUGUAGAGAGAGCUUCACAACUUGUGUGACCUGGACCCUGACAACAGAUGGUUGUGUGUGUAGAGAGAGAGCUUCACAACUUGUGUGACCUGGACCCUGACAACAGAUGGUUGUGUGUAGAGAGAGCUUCACAACUUGUGUGACCUGGACCCUGACAACAGAUGGUUGUGUGUGUAGAGAGAGAGCUUCACAACUUGUGUGACCUGGACCCUGACAACAGAUGGUUGUGUGUAGAGAGAGCUUCACAACUUGUGUGACCUGGACCCUGACAACAGAUGGUUGUGUGUAGAGAGAGUUUCACAACGUGUGUGACCUGGACCCUGACAACAGAUGGAUGUGUGUAGAGAGAGCUUCAUAACUUGUGUCACCUGGACCCUGACAACAGAUGGAUGUGUGUAGAGAGAGCUUCAUAACUUGUGUCACCUGGACCCUGAGAACAGAUGGAUGUGUGUAGAGAGAGCUUCAUAACUUGUGUCACCUGGACCCUGAGAACAGAUGGUUGUGUGUAGAGAGAGCUUCACAACUUGUGUGUCCUGGACCCUGACAACAGACGGAUGUGUGUAGAGAGAGCUUCACAACUUGUGUGACCUGGACCCUGACAACAGAUGGUUGUGUGUAGAGAGAGCUUCACAACUUGUGUGACCUGGAUCCUGAUAACAGACGGUUGCGUGUAGAGAGAGCUUCACAACUUGUGUCACCUGGACCCUGAUAACAGACGGUUGCGUGUAGAGAGAGCUUCACAACUUGUGUGACCUGGACCCUGACAACAGAUGGUUGUGUGUAGAGAGAGCUUCACAACUAGUGUCACCUGGACCCUGACAACAGAUUGUUGUGUGUAGAGAGAGCUUCACAGCUCGUGUGCCCUGGACCCUAACAACAGAUGGUUGUGUGUAGAGAGAGCUUCACAGCUUGUGUGACCCAGACCCUGACAACAGACGGUUGUGUGUAUAGAGAGCUUCACAGCUUGUGUGACCUGGACCCUGACAACAGAUGGCUGUGUGUGUGUAGAGAGAGCUUUACAACUUGUGUGACCUGGACCCUGAAAACAGAUGGUUGUGUGUAGAGAGAGCUUCACAACUUGUGUGACCUGGACCCUGACAACAGAUGGUUGUGUGUGUGUAGAGAGAGCUUUACAACUUGUGUGACCUGGACCCUGACAACAGAUGGUUGUGUGUAGAGAGAGCUUCACAGCUUGUGUGACCUGGACCCUGACAACAGAUGGUUGUGUGUGUAGAGAUAGAUUCACAACUUAAAGACACUGCAGUGUUUAAAUGUAUCUUUCCUACGAGUGUUUGGCGUGCUGCAAUAUAUGAACAGUGAACCUUUAAUUAUGCAGACCCCGUGAAUCCCUACCGCCCACUUUCCGCCCACUGGAAAUUAUACAUGUGUAUGAAGUGACAGUACUCAUUAACCGCUUAAUUAUGUUAGACGGACACAAUCAUCGGGAACUCGACCUUCCGGAUUAACGGAGUUUUACGUAUUGAUAAGGACAGGGACACGAGCGCACACCCCUCUAGCGACGUAAUGGCGUACACUGAAAAAAACGUCAUAGCCAUACAUAUACACAGAAUACCUGCUGUGAGUGGGUAGCCUAGAAACUUAUGCGUUCGCUUGUCAUGUCGAAGGGCCGGGUUCGAUUCCCAACAUCUACACAAUGUGUGAAGUCCUAUUUCUGGUGACCCCGCCGUGAUAGUAGCGGAUUUUAUCCAUAUCCUCUCACUCAAAGAAGGCCGACACAUAACUGUGUUUGUCCGGAAGAUGACGUCCUAAUAUUUCCUGUCAUAAUCAAUGACAUUAAUAUUUCCUGUUAUACUCAAUGACAUCAAUAUUUCCUGUUAUACUCAAUGACAUCAAUAUUUCCUGUACACUCAAUAACAUUAAUAUUUCCUGUACACUCAAUAACAUUAAUAUUUCCUGUUAUACUCAGUGACAUCAAUAUUUCCUGUUACACUCAGUGACAUCAAUAUUUCCUGUUACACUCAAUGACAUCAAUAUUUCCUGUUAUACUCAAUGACAUCAAUAUUUUCUGUUAUACUCAAUGACAUCAAUAAUUCCUGUACACUUAAUAACAUUAAUAUUUCCUGUUAUGCUCAAUAACAUUAAUAUUUCCUGUUAUACUCAAUGACAUUAAUAUUUCCUGUCAUACUCAAUGGCAUUAAUGUUUCCUGUUAUACACAAUGACAUCAAUAUUUCCUGUUACACUCAGUAACAUCAAUAUUUCCUGUUACACUCAGUGACAUCAAUAUUUCCUGUUACACUCAGUGACAUCAAUAUUUCCUGUUAUACACAAUGACAUCAAUAUUUCCUGUUACACUCAAUGACAUCGAUAAUUCCUGUUAUACUCAAUGACAUAAAUAUGUCCUGUUACACUCAAUGACAUCAAUAUUUCCUGUUAUACUCAAUGACAUUAAUAUUUCCUGUCAUACACAAUUACAUUAAUAUUUCCUGUCAUUCUCAAUGGCAUUAAUAUUUUCUUGUAUACACAAUUACAUUAAUCUUUCCUGUUAUACUCAAUGACAUUAAUAUUUCCUGUUAUACUCAAUGACAUUAAUAUUUCCUGUCAUACUCAAUGGCAUUAAUAUUUCCUGUUAUACACAAUGACAUCAAUAUUUCCUGUUACACUCAAUGACAUCAAUAUUUCCUGUUAUACUCAAUGACAUUAAUAUAUCCUGUUAUACUCAAUGACAUUAAUAUAUCCUGUUAUACACAAUGACAUCAAUAUUUCCUGUUAUACACAAUGACAUCAAUAUUACCUGUUAUACACAAUGACAUUAAUAUUUCCUGUUAUACUCAAUGACAUUAAUAUUUCCUGUCAUACACAAUGGCAUUAAUAUUUCCUGUUAUACACAAUGACAUUAAUAUUUCCUGUUAUACACAAUGACAUUAAUAUUUCCUGUUAUACCUAAUGACAUUAAUAUUUCCUGUUAUGCACAAUUACAUCAAAAUUUCCUGUUAUACUCAAUGACAUCAAUAUUUCCUGUUAUACACAAUGAUAUUAACAUUCGACCGAAAAUAUUGGUUGUUGUUCUGUUGUCUAACAACAUGUCGGCCUUGUUGUCAGGGAGCUAAUGACGCCAUCCAUUGUUUCAUUGUUACCGCAUCACAAAGUGACGUCAAUGCAGUGUAAAUGACGCUAUGUGUUAUACUAAUACUGUUGAAGUCAUGAAAUGGUAUUCUCGUAACUGAUAACAUUGAGUAUACCAGUAGCCGUGUUGCUAAAUACGUGUAUUACAGACCCGUGAAGAUCCGUGGUAGAAUAGGUCUUCAGCAACCAAUGCUUGUAAAAGGCGACUAUGCUUGUCGUAAGAGGCGACUAACGGGACAGGGUGAUCAGGUUCGCUGACUUGGUUGAAGCAUGUCAUCGUAUCUCAGUUGCGUAGACUGAUGCGCAUGAUGUCAUGGUCGAUGCCUUAUAUAGCUGAUGUUGCCAACCCCCUGAAUCCCGAAUACUGCUUAACACAAAUCUCAAAAGCAUUGAGAAAAGAGCACGAUUUGAAGUUCAUUUACUGCAAAAAAAUCGAAACAAUAAAUUAUUUAAAUUGUUUUACGUAC